AUGACUAUGUAUCCUUCUUCUGGAAUGGUAGCGACGACCCAACAAGGGACUAGUCACACUGCGCAAAACGGAAGUACGACGUUGCCCCGAUCACACCAUCAAAGGACAGUAGAUAGCUUACUAAUAUUGCCUAUCACAGUCCACUGCAGGACAUGGCGACCACCAGCAGCCCCAAAAUCUUAUGACUACCUGUUAAAAGUCUUAUUAGUAGGAGAUUCUGAUGUUGGCAAACAAGAAAUUCUUCAAGACUUGGAAGAUGGGUCAGCUGACUCACCAUUUUGUAGUGGUAGCGCAUAUAAGACAACAACUAUAUUAUUAGACGGGAAGAGAGUUAAACUACAGCUAUGGGACACGUCAGGACAAGGCCGCUUCUGCACGAUAAUCCGUUCAUAUUCACGCGGCGCGCAAGGAAUACUUCUCGUUUAUGACAUCACCAACAAAUGGUCCUUUGACAGUAUUGACAGGUGGCUUGAAGAGGUUGAAAAGCACGCUCCAGGUGUGCCAAAAGUACUAGUGGGUAAUCGUCUCCAUUUAGCAUUCAAGCGGCAGGUACAAGAACGUGAUGCAGAACAAUAUGCUGCUAAAAACCACAUGGCAUUCUUUGAAGUCAGUCCACUGUGCGACUUUAACAUUAGAGAAAGUUUCUGUGAACUAUCGCGGAUGGCCCUGCAUCGGAAUGGUAUGGAGAGACUGUGGCGAAGCAAUAAAGUCCUAAGCCUGCAGGAGCUUUGUUGUCGAGCAAUAGUGGCGCGCACGUCCGUGUACGGCCUGGAGCGCUUACCGCUGCCGACCGCAUUGAAGUCCCACCUCAAGUCGUACGCGAUCUCCGCGGCGCCCAGCCGACACCGAGCGCGAGCCCCCAAGCACUCGCACCACACGCGCCUCAACUGCACCGGCCGGAACUCCUGCUCCAUUGCAUGA